AUCUGUGCUGCAUUCGAGCUUUAAAUAGAAGAAAUUCAGAUCAUAAGUCUUAUUAUAUCUGAAAUCAAAUUUCAGAUCAAGAAAUAGAAUAGAAUGGCGAUAGAAAACGAGGUGAAGCUAAUCGGGAUCUGGUCGAGCGGUUUCGUCACGAGAGUAAUGAUUGCUCUAAAUCUGAAGGGGGUCGAAUACGAGUUCCUCCCAGAUGAUUUGUCGAACAAAAGCGAGCUUCUUCUCAACUCCAAUCCCGUCUACAAGAAGGUUCCAGUACUCAUCCAUGGGGAUAAAUCCAUCUGCGAGUCCCUUGUAAUUGUCCAGUACAUAGACCAUGUCUGGGCUUCUUCUGGCCCUCGCAUCCUCCCCGUCGAUCCCUAUGAUCUCGCAAUCGUUCGCUUCUGGGCGGCCUAUGUCGACGACAAGUUAACAUCUCAGAUUCGAGUGUUAAUAUUGAAAGAGGAUGAGAAAAGCAAGGCAGAAGCGGCGGAGCAACUCUUUACCGCACUGCUGCUGUUAGAAGAGGCUUUUGUUAAGUGCAGUAAGGGAAGCUUCUUCGGCGGCGACACCAUUAACUUGCUCGACAUCACCCUCGGUUCCUGCAUUAAUUGGCUAAAAGCUAUGGAAAUUGUAACGGGAAUAAACUUUCUAGAUAAGACGAAGACUCCUCGGUUGGCUGAGUGGGCGGAACGCUUCUGCUCCGCCGAGGCCGCCAAGGAGGUGCUGCCGGAAGCUGAAAAACUUGUGGAGUACAUUAAGUUUCUUAGGGCUGCUAAUCGUGCUGCUGCGGUUUCUUCAUCCAAAUGAUUUUUUUUUUUACAUUCAUGAUUGCAUUUAUGAA